UCUUCCUCCUCUUCCACACCUCCCUUCGCUUUCCCAAUCUCUCAAUCCGCCUCUGGGACUCCGACGGCGAGUUCCUCCUCAUCGAAGCCGCAUUCCACCUCCCCCGAUGGCUAAAUCCCGAAACUGCCCUCAACCGUCUCUUCCUCCGUAAUGGUAAUCUCCAUAUUGUCCCCAAAACCCGCAUCCCAAACCCCUCACUCAUCGAUUCACUCAAAUUCCUUAUCAAUUCUCCCAACGAAUCGCUUGCUUCAGAGCCAAUUCAGCUCGCGGUGAAGAAUCGGAUAUCUGGUUACCCUGAGAAGGCUAUGAAGAACAUGCAUACUGUUAGGGUUAGGGUUCCUGUGUCCGUUGCGCAGGUUCUGAAGCACGAGCCUUGCUUGAUUUCGCUGGCUGUGGAGGGGUUCUACGAUAGGGAUGUCGACUCGAUGAAAUUCGCGGCGAGGAUGGAGAGGUUCUUGCCGAGAGGGAAGGAGGAGGAGUUGGUUACUGUCUCGGUGAGGAUGUCGAGGGCGAUGUACGCCCAAUUGGUGAGGCAGACGUUCAGGGCGCCCAAGGUGUACCCGGCUGCGCCGCCGCCAGGCGAGAGGGAGGCGUUUUUCGAGGCAGAGCUUGGAAUGAAGAUAGCGUGUGGGUUUGAGAUGAUGUAUCAGCAAAGCAAGCGUGAUGGGGUGGAAGGGAAGGGGAGGACAUGGGAGGCGUUUAGGAAGAGCUUGGAGGAGGUAGGCUACUUCCAAGGAUUGCUUCCGGGUUCCAGUGAGUACCAGAGGUUGUUGCAGAGUGCUGAGGAGUAUUACAUGAACACUUCUCUGCACUCUAGAGAAAGUGAGUUGAUGAGUGCUCCAGUUAGGCGCAUAGAUGAAGUUCUUGCUUUACCGCAUUCAGUGGAUGAUUUUAAGGGUCAUGACGUUCCUCCAUCUGAUGAUGAUUCCUGGCUUGACAAUGGAGAGGAAGAGUUGGACUCUGCCCUUCUGGAAAGAACUGAUGAGUUUGAUCCCAGCAAUAUAGCAAAAUCCAUGAAGGCAUUUGUCAAUACAUUAUCAAGUUAUAAGGGUGCUGAAGCUCCUGAUGACAGAAAUAGAGAAGUGGACCUUGAUGUAGACCAAUUUAUUAAAGACAUGGAAUCAAUAAUGAGGUGUCCAGGUGAAACUGCCAACAGUAAUGUCGAAGAAGGCUCCUCUUCCGACCUGGACUUUGAUGAUUCUGACGAGAGCGAUAUGGAUGAAUCUGGUGAAGAUAAUAAGGAUGACAUGGAUGCUUUCAUGCGUUCGUAUUCUGAUGUUUUGAAUGAACAAUUGAAGUCAACCACCCUUCAUAGAAGUUUUGUUCGUGCUAAGGAACAAAUUCCAAAGAAGGAUGAGGGAACAUCAGCUGCCACAGAAGAUAUGGACGAAGAUUUCUCGCCUGUAGAUGUGGAUGUGAAUUUAGUAAAGAGCUUUCUUGAUUCCUUUUCUUCUCAACAAGGGCUUCCUGGUCCUGCUUCCAAUUUGCUCGGGCUCAUGGGGGUGCAGUUCCCGCAAGAUGCCAACAAGAAGGGCAAAUGAAGUUUGUCCAGGUUUUAACUCGGACAAGAGAUGGAUACAAUACAAUAAAUUGUAUAGUGAAAGACUAACUUGAUCCUGUCAAGUGAGAGGAUCUAUUCUCAUGUGAUUCUCACUACAAAAUAGUUAUUAUAGUCCAUUCUUGUUGUUUAAAUAUAAUAAUGAAAAGAAGCAAUCGUAUAUGGAAUUCCAUCUUCAUAUGGCAAGACAAAGCACAAUAUAUAUACAAGGGGAAGCUUAGUGCGCAAGCAUCCCGCGUUAACGCAAGGUCUGGGGAAGGGCUGAAUCCGAAGGGUGUAAUGUACCAGCCUAACCUGAUAAUUAUAUCAGUGGCUAUUUCCACUUUCCACAGCCUGAAUCCAUGACCUUGAGGUGACACGGAGACAACUUAACCGUUGCUCCAAAGCUUCCCAUCACUAUAUAUAUAACAGAAAGGUAACCUUUAGUCAUGUGAACUUAUAGACAAGUCGAAAUUGAAAUAUGAAUAUCUUAUUAUCUCCCCCUUCUAAUGAAAUAAAUACGAAGUAUUCUCCAAA